AGCAUGGUGGGCCUGAGCAGAGGAACACAUGUUGUGAGGUUGCCUGGAGACGGCGGAAACGUGUGGCAGCGGCGGCGGUGGCAGCGAUGGAGAAGUACGAGAAGAUCAAAGUUGUGGGAAGAGGAGCUUUCGGGAUCGUUCACCUGUGCCGCAGGCGCGGCGAUGGAGCCUUUGUCAUCCUGAAGGAAAUCCCAGUGGAGCAGAUGUCACGAGACGAACGUCUGGCAGCUCAGAACGAGUGUCAGGUGCUGAAACUGCUUCACCACCCAAAUAUCAUAGAGUACUAUGAGAACUUCCUGGAAGACAAGGCCCUCAUGAUAGCCAUGGAGUAUGCACCAGGUGGGACUUUGGCUGAUUACAUACAGAAGCGCUGUAACUCUCUGCUGGACGAGGACACGAUCCUUCACUUCUUUGUGCAGAUCUUACUCGCCUUGUAUCACGUCCACAACAAACUCAUCCUGCACAGGGACCUCAAGACGCAGAAUAUCCUUCUCGACAAGCACCAGAUGAUCGUCAAAAUCGGAGACUUUGGCAUCUCCAAAAUCCUCGUCAGCAAAAGCAAAGCGUACACGGUUGUUGGGACCCCAUGCUACAUCUCUCCAGAACUGUGUGAAGGGAAACCGUAUAACCAGAAGAGUGACAUCUGGGCUCUGGGCUGCGUGCUGUAUGAGCUUGCGAGCCUUAAGAGAGCCUUUGAGGCCGCUAAUCUACCCGCCCUCGUUCUGAAGAUCAUGAGCGGCACAUUCGCUCCAAUUUCAGACAGGUACAGCCCAGAACUGCGACAGCUCAUCCUCAACAUGCUUAAUCUGGAUCCAUCCAAACGUCCUCAGCUCAAUGAAAUAAUGGCUCUCCCCAUAUGCAUCAGGCCCCUGCUUAAUCUAUACACAGAUAUAGGCAACGUCAAAAUGCGCAGGAUCGAGAAACCACUGUCAACUGUGCAAACCUGUUCUCAAGGCAGAGCAGGAGGCAGAGUUCCCACCAACAGGUCCAGAGAUGGAUCAUUCGGUUUAGGAUCAGGGAAGGUGCACUCCCUCCCCCUGUCCUCGGUGUACACGUGGGGAAGUGGCAUCUCAACGCCGCUACGCCUGCCAAUGCUCAACACCGAGGUGCUUCAGGUGUCUCUGGGCCGCACUCAGAAAAUGGGGGUCACCAAGUCAGGCCGUCUGAUCACAUGGGAGGCUCCGUCAGUGGGAUCUGGUGAGGCCAGUCUGCCCGGUGUUGUGGAGCAGAUGCAGCCUCAGUUCAUCUCUCGCUUCCUCGAGGGUCAGUCUGGAGUCACCAUCAAGUCUGUGUCCUGUGGCGAUCUCUUUACCACCUGCAUGACAGACAGGGGAAUCGUUAUGACGUUUGGAAGCGGGAGUAAUGGCUGUCUAGGACACGGUAACUUCAAUGAUGUAACACAGCCCAAGAUAGUCGAGGCCCUUCUCGGCUAUGAGCUGGUUCAGGUGUCAUGUGGCGCUUCCCACGUUCUCGCCGUGACCAAUGAAAGAGAAGUAUUUGCCUGGGGAAGAGGAGACAAUGGUCGCCUGGGGCUCGGCACCCAAGACACCCACAACUCUCCACAGCAGGUGUGUUUACCUGUGGAAUUUGAGGCCCAGAGGGUUGUGUGUGGAGUCGACUGUUCCAUGAUUAUCAGCACCCAACACAAGAUUAUGGCAUGUGGAAGCAACAGGUUCAAUAAGCUCGGGUUGGAUAAGAUAACAGCCGGAGACGAACCAAAUCCCUCAAGUCAAGUGGAAGAAGUUAAUUCGUACACUCCCGUCCAGUCAGCCCCUAUCAACUCUGAGAGGAUCAUUUGCAUUGACAUUGGAACAGCUCACUCCGUUGCUGUUACAGACAGGGGUCAGUGUUUUACCUUUGGCAGUAACCAGCACGGCCAGAUGGGCUGCAGCUCCCGUCGUACCAGCCGUGUGCCCUACCUGGUACCCGGCCUGCAGGGUAUCGCCAUGGCUGCCUGCGGAGACGCUUUCACCUUAGCUAUAGGAUCUGAAGGGGAGGUGUACACCUGGGGAAAGGGGGCCCGUGGCCGCCUAGGCAGAAAAGAGGAGGAUUCUGGGAUACCGAAGGCGGUGCAGCUUGACGAAAGUCACCCGUUCAUGGUGACAUCAGUGGCUUGUUGUCAUGGCAACACUCUGCUGGCAGUGAAACCUUUGCUCGAGGAUCCUGUCCCGAGAUGAUUUUGUCCCGAAAAAGAACCCACUCAGCGGCCAUCCCGAAGCCCGGUGGUGGUGUGAGAGGGCGACUUCCUCCUCUUGGAGGCCCAGCUGCGGUUCCGUUGAAAGAUGGCUUUUCACACUGCAGCUGUGGCCUCAGGUUUUCACUUGGUCUUUCUCCUCUAUAUCUAUGCUUUCUUCAGGGAUGAGUGUUUGUGCCUCAUUCUGUGUCUCCCAUGGAGCAAAGGUCACAACCUGACUGUAUCACACAAACAGGUUGGAUAAAGAGAGGUUGUAACCCUGUGACUGAAGCUGGACUGCAGGAAGUCAUUAGGCCGCCUUCAUGUGGUGAACUAUUGUCUUCUCUCACGUGCAGCGUGAGGAUGAUAAAACAUGAAACUGCAGUAAACAGGUUUGAGCUCUCUUAAGUAACUGGUGAAUGUGAUGACACAAAGCACAGAGAAGAAAAGAAAGAAGCCACUUGAGAGUUCAUCAGUCAAAUGAACGCAUUCAUCUGCAUCAAGUCCUCAGUGGUCACAUUGUGCUUUAUUGGAUUAACCCUCACAUGCAUUUGUAACCCAGUGUUCGGACCAGAUAACGACCUGUUGUUCAGGGUUACACAGUAAAUAGAUUUCAUGGAGUUAAAGAGACUGACCCCACUCCCUCGACCACUCACUCACUUCUCCCUUAUUCUAUAGUUUAAAGUAAAAUCAGAUAUCAGACAUUGUGAAUAUCUACAUUUCAGGGGAUUAUGUCUGGACACACACAGAAUAUGAUGAACAGUUGAUAUAGUGCAAUAUACACUAAAUAGGGAAUGAUAUUUUAAAUGAGAUAUAUGAUUUUGUAAUGUAUUUUUAUUUCUAAUCUAAAUCUGCCAUUUUAAGCUGCCAAAUAAAUACAGUGUAUUAAAAUUACAAUAUUUACCUCUGAAAUAUAGUAGAGUGAAAGUAUUCAAUACCAAAUAAUGAAAAUACUCAAAUUAAGUGCAAAUACCUCAAGAUCGUAUGUAGUUAGAGUAUUUACCACCAUUGGUGCCUUGGAGUGAAAUCUUUGUAGCAAGUUAAGCAGUUUUCUAGUGUAGAAAAGAAAAACUGAUCUUCUCUGGUUAAUUGGAAAAUCUUAUUUUUUUACAGUACAAAGAGGAAACCCCUGUGGUAAUUCUGGUUCUUGUAAUAUGUUUGUUUAUUAGAGUAUGUUACAUUAAAGGAUGGUUUCACUGUGGAUGAGCCUUAAAUUAUUGACGCUGAGGUUUUCAGAAAUAGAGAAAUGAUUACACCUUUCUUAUUAUUUUCAGACCAAAACAUGCUGAAAUAAAUAUUGAGGUACAAGUGGAUAGGAAAUGUCUUUAUCUAAACGGAGAGGUUUGAUCUUUAAAUAAAACAUCAUCACUUUAAAAUCAUAAGAUAAAAAUCAACAUCAAACCAAAUAUAAACCACAGUUUCUCAGUGAGUCUGAAUAUACCUUUGAUUUACACUGCCCCCACAGUCUUACAUUAAUCACCUGAGUCAUUAUGUAUGUUCCUUUAUAAUUUCAUAACAGAUUAAUGAACAGAUGCUGCGACUGUUGUAAUUAUUGUAAUAUAUUCAGUUAAUAUGUAUUGAAUUAAUGUACAUUUGAAUCUAUAUAUUUAUAACGAUUCUUAUAUAAUUUUUUGAACUGUAAUCACACUUUUAAUUUAAGAUGCAUUCAAAUCUUUUAUGAAGACAUGGGCCAUUUACUGUUGUCUUGUGUGAUGAUGUAAUGAUGAUGUAAUCUGGUAGCAACACAGCACGUGAAAGCUGAUCCGGUUGGGUGGAUAUGAUCUUUAUUCCCAGUGUUUAAAAGGAUUUAUAAUCUGUAUUGUAACUCAAGUCGAGCAUUUAUUUUAAAUACAUAUAUUUUCACUGGUCACAUCAUAGAAUAAUAAUAAAAU